AUGACUGCCACUCUGUUCUCUGCGGCCCAAACGGGUCUAGUGAAGCCGGACGGCGUGCAGGCGCGACGAAAGAUGCAGCACCGAAGAGUGUUCUUGAAGGGAUGGUGCCCUGGACAUCGUGGUGCGGCGAUCAGUGCUUGCCUCGGCAACAACCGGGCCUACGAUUCAAAGGUUCUUGACCUUGUACUCGUACUCCAGAAUUGCGAGCCGAACUUGCAGUUCGUCGAAUACGUGCGCACUCUCACCACAUUUGCAGUGACUAGAACUGACCCCAUGUGGAUCUCACCGACGCCAAUGCGACCGCAGGGUCAGCUGACAAUGGAGAAACCGGUCCUUGGCAUACAGCAGAUCUCCACAGGCUCCGUCGUGCAGGUGGAGGCAGACGUCUCCCAGGCCCAGCAGAGCUACGAAGCGCUCAAGUGCACGGUCGUCAGCAUGCCGAACUCUCCACAGGCUGCGGUGACGGGCAUGUUGCAGCAUGAGAUGAUGACAUGGUGGGAGCGCCCAGUGCGGCCGAGGGCAUGGCAGCCGACGGCCCUGCCGGCGAUGUCACUGUGCAGUCUGCACAGGGUGCAUGCAUGCCAACGAAUGCUGCCUGCGCCUGCAAUGGCUGUGGAGGAGGCUGCACUUGCGCAGGAUGUGGAUGUGGUGGAUGUGGUGGAUGCGGUGGAUGCGGUGGAUGCGGUGGGUGUGGUGGAUGUGACGGAUGCGGCUGCGGCGGCUGCUGUGGAGGCUGCUGUGGAGGUUGCUGCGGUGGCUGUGGUUGUGGGGGUUGCGAUGCCUGUGGUGGAUGUGGCUGUGGUAACUGCGGCUGUGGCAACUGUGGCGGCUGUUCAGGAUGUGGGGGUUGUGGCUGCGGCUGUGGAGGCUGCGGCUGUGGAGGCUGCGGCUGCUGCGGCUGCGGUGGCUAUGGUGGCUGUGGUGGCUGCGGUUGUGGAGGCUGUGGUUGUGGAGGCUGUGGCUGUGGAGGCUGCGGUUAUGGGUGCUGUGACGGGGGCUGCGGCUGCGGAGGAUGCUGUGGAGGUUGUGGUUGUGGUGGUUGCCCUGGUUGUGGUGGCUGCGGCUGUGGCGGCUGCUGCGGCGGUUGCUGCGGUGGCUGUGGCUGUGGGGGCUGUUGCGGAGGCUGCUGCGGCUGUGGCGGCUGUGGCGGCUGUGGUUGUGGGGGAUGCGGUGGAUGCGGUUGUGGCUGCUGCGGAGGCUGCUGCCCGAAUAACAUGGGCUGCGGAUGUGGCAUGCCAAACAUGGGCAUGGCGGGCAUGGGCCGGAUGCUUGGUCGGUUUGGUGAGUUUCGUGUCGCUGCACAGCACUCUUGUGCUGUGCAAUGUCAGGAAUGCGUCAUGA